AUGGCAAGUCUUGGUCACUUCAUGCAUCAUCAUCAUCCAUCUACUUCAUAUGUGGAAUCACAGCAAGAGAUUGAAAAUGAACGUGCUACUUUUCAUGCAGCACCAGCUACACACGUACACCGUGAACGUGCAGAGACAGCUCCAACACCACAAUUAGAUCACUCUUAUCAUUACCAUACAAACAAUCCACCUCUUCCAGUCUCCAAUGCACGUCUUUCACGCUUUUCUCGUCAUUUCUUUGACCGUAAAAGUGGUCGUUCAUCCUCUUCUUCUUCUUCCUCUUCUUCUUCGGAUAGAGACGACGUUGAGUCAACACCAAAUGUCAUGACAUCUACGAGUUUCUUUCGACCACGGACAAUGGAUGGAUAUACACGAUAUCUUGAAGCUGCUUUUUUUGGAUGGAUAUUUAGAAAAACAGAGCUCAGAGGAUCCUAA